AUGUUGGUCCGUUCCAAGGUUUGUUUAUAUACGGUCAUUAGGCAAUUGACUAGCUUCCCAGAAGCUAGUGUGAUUAAAAAAAAGUUUCUAUUCGAAAGAAAUACUUCGACUGUAGAUCAGUUGAAAGAAGUAUCCAAUGGCCAAAAGGUGGUUCUCAAUGGAUGGAUAGAGCAAAAACCUAAAAGAAUUGGCAAGAAUUUGAUAUUUGGACUUUUAAGGGACUGUAACGGCGAUACAAUUCAAUUGGUCGAUAACAAGUCGUUACUGAAAGGAUUUACUUUAGAGGAUGUAAUUCAGGCCAAGGGUGUACUUUCUUUAAAGAGAAAGCUAUCAAAUGAGGAAGCGAAUAAGUACGAAGUACAGCUGGAAGACGUAGUGGUAUUAAACGCUUCGAAUAAGAAACCUGCUCAACUGCAGGAUUUCAAAUUGUCUGCUAGUUAUCCACCGGAACUCCGCUACCUACAACUGAGAAGUCCCAAGUUUCAGAACUUUUUAAAGAAGAGGUCCUCUAUCUCGAAGGAAGUUAGAAAUUCUUUCAAUAAUUUGAACUUUACGGAAAUAGAGACCCCAACUUUAUUCAAAGCUACCCCAGAGGGCGCAAGGGAGUUUCUAGUACCAACAAGGACCAAGAGAUCUGAUGGGAAACCCUCGUUUUAUGCUCUCGACCAAAGUCCUCAACAAUACAAGCAACUUUUGAUCGCCGGCGGCAUCAAUAAAUAUUAUCAAAUGGCUAGGUGUUUUAGAGAUGAAGAUUUGAGAGCUGAUAGGCAACCCGAGUUUACACAAGUUGACAUGGAAAUGGCAUUUGCUAAUUCUGAAGAUGUUAUGGAAGUCAUCGAGAAGGUCGUUCCUGAUGUGUGGUGUAAAUUCUCUGACAAGGGAGGAUUAUUAACUUUAAACAACAAUUGUUCAUUAGUGCCUGCGAAAAAAGACGACAACACAGUAUCUAUCUUUCGCAUGUCUUAUGAGCAAGCGAUGUCUGAAUACGGUAUCGAUAAACCGGACUUAAGGGCACCAGACUUGAAAAUUGUUAACUUGAGUGAGUUCAACGCGUUUAGUCAUUUGAACAAAAUGUUCCCCGUUUUUGAAGUGAUGAUCUUAAGAAAUGCUUUUUCGAAUAUGGAGGAAUACGACAAUCAUUGGUCAUUCCUAACCAAUGAAAACAAUUAUAACUAUAGAAUUCCAAUUGUGCUUCCAAUCGAAAAUGACGAACAAGCUCAAUCAAACUGGUUCGAGAACUUUCUUGGAAUUGCGACUUUCGAAAAUCCUCAUUUAAUAACCAAGUUUUUAAAAUUACGUAAAGGUGACAUAAUCUGCGGCUGUACCAGAGAACCAAACCAUUCUAUCUUUGAGAAUCCCACUCCUUUGGGAAGGUUGAGACAGUUGGUGUUGCAAAACGAAAAAGGAAAAAACCUCUAUUAUAGCACCGAUAAAGAUGUUGCUUCUUGGAUUGUUGAUUUCCCAUUGUUUUCGCCGGUUACCAUCGAAGAGAAGCCUGUUAAAAUGGAAAAGUUUGCUUAUCCGGAAUACGAGAAGGAUAAGCUAUGCUCUACGCACCAUCCUUUCACUAUGGUAAAGCUCAAUGAUUAUGAAAAAUUAGAGAAGACCCCAGAGAAGUGUUUGGGUCAACAUUAUGAUUUUGUAGUAAAUGGCGUAGAAUUGGGCGGUGGCUCUACAAGAGUUCAUGAUCCGAGAUUACAAAACUAUAUUUUUGAGAGCGUUCUCAAAAUUGACAAUGCACAGGAACUAUUUGGUCACCUAUUGGAUGCUUUUGAUAUGGGAACACCACCUCAUGCUGGUUUCGCAAUUGGCUUUGAUAGAAUGUGCGCCAUGAUCUGUGGUACUGAAAGUAUAAGGGAUGUAAUUGCUUUUCCCAAAAGUAUCACAGGAGCUGAUUUGGUGGUUAAGAGUCCAAGUGUGAUACCCGAAAGCGUUUUAGAGGCUUACAAUAUCAGAUAUGGCAAUUCGGAAAAGUGA